CGGCCAGUCCAACACUCGCUUCCCAUUCUGCAGUCAUUGCUCACCCUGUGUGUGACAGUGAGUUGUGUUGGAACGUGGGUGGGCUGGGUGUUUAAGUAGAACGGUGCCGUUUGGGGGCCCAGAAGGACAGACAGCACGGAGCUACAGACACAAUGCUGCUAAGGGCCCUCCAUGUGGGGCUCCUCCUGCUGCAGCUCUCUGGGGCACUGGGGGCAAAGCUGCAAUAUGCAGUCAUCUUCCCCUCAGAGAUGGUCUCCCCCCAUUCGGAACAAGCCUGUGUGCACCUGGAGGGGGCAGAUGGAGGCAGCAGGAUACAGAUCACCCUGGAGAUGGGCAAACGUAACACAACGGUGCUGGAGAAGGCAUCAGAGCAGAAAUCCUACUUCAGCUGUGUUACAUUUGAGGUGCCGCCUCCCUCUGAUGGGAAUGAAGAAGUGGCCACCAUGCAGGUUUCCAUUGAGAGUGGAGGGGAGACAAUAAGCAACAGCCGUAGAGUUCUGGUGAAGAGAGCAAGAACCAGUCUUUUUGUUCAGACGGACAAAGCUGUAUACAAACCAGGCCAGACAGUGAGAUUCCGAGUGGUUUCCCUUAAAGAAAACCUCCAACCAGGAAAAAGUCAGUUGCCAGCCAUCACAUUACAGGACCCAGGGAAGAACCGUAUUGGCCAGUGGCUGAACGUGAGUCUCCAGCAAGGAAUCGCUGAGCUCUCACUGCCCCUCUCUUCCGAGCCCUCAUUAGGAGAAUAUUCCAUUCGUGUAAAGGACACUGUCCAUGGCUUCAGUGUGGAAGAAUACGUUCUGCCCAGAUUUGAGGUCACACUCCAACUCCCAAGAGUUAUUGCAUUUAACGCUGACCAAUUCCCUGUUAAGAUCUGUGCCAGGUACACUUAUGGGAAACCAGUGCAGGGAACCUAUAAGGUCAAGGUGUGCGGGAAGUUUUACAGAUACUCAUGGUGGGGUCGGCAACAAGAUCCAUGUGCUGAUUUCAGUGGGAAGCUGAAUCAGUCCGGCUGCUCCAUGUUGGAUGUGAAGCCUUCUAACCUCAGUCUUCAGUUGAGAAGUUAUGUGAAGAGCGUGGAGGGGACGGGCUCAGUUACAGAAGACGGGACAGGAAUUGAGUUUUCUGCAUCUGGUGAAUCCAAAAUCUCAACCCAACUCAUCAGUCUGACCUUCCUGGAUGCUGACGAUGCUUAUAAGCCUGGGAUUCCCUACAGCGGGACAGUGAGGGUGGUAGAUGUAGAUGACUCCCCCAUCCCAAACCAGCCAGUGUAUCUCACCAGCGGAGACGGAAAGGUGAACCAGACCUUGGAGACAGAUCAGAAAGGACUCGCUCCCUUCAAGCUGGAGAACACAGCAGAGUGGAAGGCAGAGAUGUACCUGCAGGCCAAGACUCCUACAGACAGUUCAGCAAAUCUUAGACUCAAACGCUUCUAUUCCCGCAGCAAGAGUUUCCUAAAGCUCCACGCCCAGAAGGGGGAGCUGCCAUGUCAGGGGCAACAAGAGGUCCGGGUGGAAUAUCUUAUCAAGGGCACUGAGCUGGGAGAGGGGGCAAAGCACAUGGAGUUACACUACCUGGCAGUUUCUAAAGGUGCAAUAAAGGAUUCUGGCUCUUUUGAAAUCCCAGUAACUAAUGGCAGUAAAGCCCUGAGGGGUGAGGUCUCCAUCAAGCUCCAUUUCAGCGCCGAGGUCUCUCCGACUCUUCGAGUUCUUACCUACAUUUUACUCCCUGGGGGGGAGAUGGCGGCAGAUUCAGCAACGAUCAAGCUACAAAGGUGUUUUAGGAAUAAGGUAUCAGUUGGCUUCUCCCCAGAUGAAGUUCUCCCAGGAGCUGAUGUUUCCCUACAAGUCCAGGCAGCCGCCGGGUCCCUGUGUGGCCUGAGAGUGGUGGAUCAGAGUGUGGUGUUAAUGAAACCUGACAAAGAACUGACGGCCGAUAAGAUCCAUGGUCUCUUCCCUGAAUCCAGAGACAAUGACCAUCGCCUUCAGGAUGCUGAUGAUCUAUGUGGGGGUCACAGCAGAUUUUCCAGACCCUAUAGACGAUCACGGCGUAACAGAGAGGAAGUUGAUGUCUACAGUCUCUUUAAGGAUCUGCGGCUGAAACUAAUCACCAGCGCCGAGAUUAGGAAUCCAGCGGAUUGUGCACCAUUGUAUUACGAAAUUUAUGAUGACAGAAUGUAUUUAUUGCAUUCCCUUUCUAGGAAUAGGGGACCCAUAAUAAGGGAAAGGGAAUUUAUCCCAAGAGUGACCCAAGAACCAGAGCCGGAGGCGGCUGAAAUGAUCCGAACGUACUUCCCAGAGACGUGGAUAUGGGAGCUGGCGCCUGUGGGUGAGUCGGGUAGAGCCGAGGUCCAUGGCUCAGCCCCAGACACCAUCACCGAGUGGAAUGCAGGAGCUUUCUGUAUGGGACCCAGUGGGUUUGGCAUCUCCCCACCAACCUCCCUUCGAGCCUUCCAGCCCUUCUUUGUGGAGCUCACUCUGCCGUACUCUGUGGUGCGAGGGGAGUCAUUCACUCUCAAGGCCUCUGUGUUUAACUACCUCAAGCAGUGUAUAAAGGUUCAGACCACCCUGCUGCCUUCACAAGAGUUAGAGCUGGAACCAUGUACUGACUGUCAGUAUAGCAGCUGUAUCUGUGCAGAGGAAAGCAAGACCUUCUACUGGAACCUUAAAACCUCCAACCUGGGGGAGGUGAAUGUGACGGUAAAGACCGAGGCUCUGGAUACUCAGGACUUGUGCAAUAAUGAAUUCCCUAUUGUCCCCAAGCAGGGGAGGUCGGACACUGUGGUUAAGCCCCUACUGGUGCAGCCGGGGGGAGUCCUGGAAGAGAAAUCUCACAGCUCUCUGCUCUGCUGCCAAGCUGGAGAAGAACACCCUAAAACAGAGGAGAUAUCCCUUAAGGUUCCUGAAAAUAUUCUGAAGGAUUCAGAAAGAGCAUAUGCCACAGUCCUAGGAGACCUGAUGGGAACAGCCAUGCAGAACCUGGACCGGCUCCUGGCCAUGCCGUAUGGAUGUGGGGAGCAGAACAUGGUUCUCUUUGCCCCCAAUAUCUUCAUUCUUCAGUAUCUGACAAAGACUCACCAACUGAGCCCUGAGAUCCAGAGCAAAGCCAAACGCUUCCUUGAAAGCGGGUACCAGAGACAGCUGACAUACAAACGGAAUGACGGCUCAUACAGCGCAUUUGGGCAGAGUGACAAAGAAGGAAACACAUGGCUGACUGCAUUUGUAGUGAAGUCCUUCAACAAGGCUCGUCCCUACAUCUUCAUAGAUGAAAGCCACCUAAGCCAUUCCUUCUCUUGGCUGAAGAACAAUCGUAACGAGAACGGCUGCUUCCGGAGUGUGGGGAGACUCUUCAAUAAUGCUAUGAAGGGAGGAAUAGAUGAUGAAACCUCUCUCUCUGCUUAUGUAACAAUGGCUUUGCUGGAAGCUGGGGUAUCUGUACAGGACCCAGUAGUUGCAGAUGCUUUAUCCUGCCUGAGGAAGGCUGCCAAAGAUGUGAGCAGUGUGUACACCCAGGCUCUGCUGGCCUACACUUUCACUCUGAGUAACGAUACUGAACUCAGGGAGAUGCUGCUGGCUAAACUGGAGGAGAAGGCUGUAAUGAAUGAAGGACAGUUACACUGGGAGAGGAAACCUGCCACAGUGCCCUCUGCCCUCCCAUACUGGUACCGCGCUCCCUCAGCCGAGGUGGAGUUAACCUCCUAUGUGCUGCUGGCCCUUCUCUCUGGCCCCAACAAGGACCUGGGCAAAGCUUCUGAGAUAGUCAACUGGUUGAGCAAGCAGCAAAAUCCUUAUGGGGGGUUCUCUUCUACUCAGGACACGGUUGUAGCUCUACAGGCUCUUGCUGAGUAUGCCGAGGCCACAUUCUCUGACAAGGGAGAUGUCACAGUCACAGUCACUUCCAAGACUGGGUUCCAUCAACAGUUCCAUGUGGAUCAGACUAACCGGCUCCUGCUACAGAAAGCCUCACUGCCAGAUAUCCCUGGGGAGUACUCUCUGUCAGCCACUGGGAGCGGCUGUGUGUAUGUACAGACUGUCCUGAGAUACAACAUCCCCCCACCUAGAAGUGACGCCACCUUCUCGGUACGAGUGGAGACAGAACCAGACAAAUGUCCUCAAGAUCCACUAAAAGUGCUGAAGUUGAGCGUGACUGCCCAAUAUACAGGAUCUCGGGAGAAAUCCAACAUGGCGGUGAUCGAGUGUAAGAUGCUCUCUGGAUUUAUCCCAGUGAAGAGCUCAGUCAGAGAACUGGAGAAGAGCAGAACCAUAAAGCGGAGUGAGAUGCAGACAGACAUGGUGACAUUAUACUUAGAUGAGCUGGGACAUGAGCCGCUCCAUCUCUCCUUCAUGGUGGAACAAGACAUUGAGGUGAAGAACCUAAAGCCGGCCACGGUGAAGGUCUAUGAUUAUUAUGAGACAGGAGAAGAGACAGUUGCCGAGUACAACUCCCCCUGCAGCGCUGAUGGAGACAAAGGCAACGCAAAAUGAGAUCCCAGCAGGCACCAUUAGCAGAUUCAUUAAGUUGAACAAAAAUAUCACACAGAUGUUACCAUGUAUUUGCACAUAAUAAAAUUAAAUAUAUUUUGUCACUUUCCAAA